CUACACGACUUUCCUGUCGAACCUACUCCAGAUACUUUAUCCUUCUAUGUCGUUUACAUGUGUCAACACAUUCAGCCGCGCUCGGUUGAAUGCUACCUCACUGGCAUCGUUAAUCAACUCGAGCCUUACUUCCCAGCAAUUCGCUCUACCCGGCAAUCUCUCUUAGUCAAACGAUCGCUGCAAGGUUCAGCGCGUCGUUUUGGACAUCCGGCACGUCGCAAGCAGCCUCUCAUGCGCGAAGACUUGGUACGGGUUAUUCAUGACCUUGCCAGGCCUCGGGCUUUUGACGACCUUCUCUGGGUCUCCCAACUCCUAUCAGGGUUUUUCGGUCUCAUGAGAUUGGGCGAGUUGGUAUGGCCGGAUCAGCUCGACCUUCAAGACUACUCAAAGUUGUCACUUCGUCACUCAGUUCGAGUGGACAUGGACUACUAUUCCUUUCUUCUGCCGAGGGACAAGAUGGACAUUCAUUUUGAAGGGAAUCAGGUCCUUAUUCAGCGUUCAGAGGGUGACGAUUAUCCGCUUGCUCCUUUCGUCGUGUAUCUCAACAUGCGUGAUGUCAAAUUUCCUCUCCAACCUUUUCUGUGGCUGCGCAGUUCUGGAUCGCCACCAACGCGGGCAUGGUUUAUUCGGCGUUUGCGAGCCUUCAUC